AUGCUGCCAGUUUACUAUACAUUCAUCUUAAUUAGCACUCUCAUCGGAUAUACUUUCAGUGUUCAGGUUGGUGCAGAACCAAAGUUCAGUCCUCUAACACCGUAUCAGACUGCGGAUUCAUUACCACCACCGGUUUAUGGUCUCUUGGAAGAACAAUCAGAUAUUGAUGCGACGCUUAUAGACUCUAAAUCAGCUAACAAUGGAAGGAAUUAUUACGGUAGAAAAAAUGGCGAGAUUUCGAGAUCACUUUCAAAAAAGAGAUUGUCAUCUGUGUUAUCAAAGAAUGCGCAAUCGAAAAACUGGAAAGUACCACCUGGUGCUAAGCUUAUCGGUUAUAACGUGCAGAUGAUAGCGGGUUAUAUACCAACAACUUAUCUCAAUAACUAUAAACAGAAAGAUGAUAAAGGAAGGUUAGAAGCACAGGAUUCUGAAGAACCUUAUUCGGAAUAUGUUCCGGGCUACAAUAUGAAUACUAAUAAGAAUUAUGAUGUUAAUCAGAAGAGUGAGGAAACGAAUAUGGCAAAUGUUCAAGCGGAUUCUUUGGAAGAUGAUACUGAUGAUGAGCUCUUGCACGCAAAUUUUACUCUUAUGGAGGGCAGAUUUCUCGAGAAGCCGGAAGAGUUUGUCAAUACCGAUGCUACUAGUACUACUGUCGGGGUGGCCGAUCUCGAUAGUUUCUUAUGGCCAGUAGCUGAAACUGAAGCAAAACCUGAGGAACAGGAAGAAGAAAGCAUAUUUCCAGGUGAAGUGAAUAGUAGUAUCAUAGAAAGUAAUAAAAAAAGUGGUGCUACUACUACUACUAUCGGUCCCAUCGAACACGAUCUACCAGUGGUGCAAAAAAACACUGGUAUUGCAACAGCAGCAAAACUAGAUUUCCGAGAUAAAAGAGAUCGAUUAGAUGAUCCGGUUUCGAUAUUCCAGUCAACCAUAACAACGAGUAGUGCAAGAAGUACAGCAUCAGCAAAUGAAAGAGAAAGUCAGGAAAAUUUUCAGUUUGUAAUUCCACAAAAAGCAAACUCAUCAAUAAAAAACGGUCAUAACGACGAAAUGGUGAAAAAUUCGAUUUCAGUCCUAGAAGUGCCUCCGUUGCAGGGUGGAACGAGAGAAACAGGAGAAGAAAUCCAUUUUUUCCAACAAUUUACUCCACUAAAACUACAAAUGAAUCACACUGGUAGACAAACUAUAAAAGAGCCAUUAAAAAUAAAGGUAUCUCAGACAUCUUCGGGUACAUCACUACCAGUCAUUAUACCAAAAACCACAGUUAAUAUUGGUUUAGUUGAGCAAAGCAGUAUCAAUAAGAAUCAACCUGCAGUUGUCCAGAUAACAGAACCAAAUGAACACGAACGAGCAGUAAUGGAUAUCAAAGAACUAUCAGAUAUUCACACUGAUAAUUCCACAAAUGCGCAGAGUUCGAUAUCAGAUGCUGCUACUAUGACACGAACAAUGACCGUUGAUUCUUCUGAAUUUGAUGACGAAGACUACGAUAAAAUGAAACAAAAUGAGGAUAAUAAUAGUUUCUCGAAGCUUGAAAAUCCAGACAAAUUUUCAGAAAUGCAAGUGGUCGAUGAGCAAAGACAUGAGAUGAACGAGGAACGUGAUCCUGAGAGUGAGUCUAGAGACGUGGAUGGCAGUAAUAGGCAUCGGAUCCCGUUGCAAUCACCUGAGAACGAUAGAAAUGGCGGUGAUGAGUUGUGGCCACAAAACAGUAGUGAAGAUACCAAUAGCAAAAAUAAGGGAAACAUCAGAGAUGAUUAUGAUGAGAAGGGUGAUGACGAUGAUGAUAAUCGUGAUGAUGACAAUGUUGAUGAUGUUAAUGAUGAUGAUAAUGAUGAUUAUGGUGAUGGUGGUGACAGUAGUUCGAAAAUGAUUGCAGAAAGUGACGACGAAAUGUCACGGAUGCAGGAGAAUAGCGAGAAAAAACAAGGAAGAGUUGACACACCUAUCUUUUCUCCGGAACAAAUCCCGACCUUUGAGGAAUGGUUAUCCAGUUUACCGAUACAACCUGCAUUUCCAUUCAGCGCCAGAAAUGGUAUGCGAAAUCAACCACCAGCUGAACCUAUUCACUUUUCUUUUCCAAGACCAUUUAGAGGAAGAAGUAAAGAAAAGGAAAAAGAACAACAUUUAACUACAGAUUCCAAAAAACAACUGAAUGAUCGAAUAUAUGAUUAUGAUGAUUCGGAAAAUGAGGACAAAGGUCAAUUCCACGAACAGCGAUUCACGUUACCAAGAAAUGUGCCGUAUGAAUAA